AUGUGGUACAUUUGGAUUUUUAUAUAUUCUAUUCUAAUCAAGCUUAGUUCGUCUUUACCUACGACGACGACGAGUAAUGAGUUUUAUGAUUAUCAACAAAAUAGAUUAUUGCAAUCAGCAGAUCCUACUAAUCAAUCUGUUUCAUCGAAUAUCUGUUCAUUACAAUCAAUUAAUAUUGAUACACGAGCAAGUGAUACUAAUACAUUUGGUUUUACAUCAUCUUGGCAAUUAAAUACAGUAGAAAAUACUUCAAAUUCAACAAUAUUGAAUAUAAUUCAAAUAAUAUUUACAAUUCCUUAUACAAUUUCAAAUAAUUCUAUUUUUAAUAAAACUGUAUUUAUUACAGAUGUAGUACAUAAUCAAUUACUAGCAUCUCUAACUAAUAUAUGUAUUAAUGGAUCAUCAUUUAUUAUUAAUUAUUCAACGACUAUAUCAUUACCACAUAAUAUUUGUUUAUAUUUAUUAUUAAAUCUAACAUCAUCAACGGUUCUUAAAGAAAUCAUUUUUUGUCGUACGAUUGAUUAUUCAUAUAAUGAUACAUCAUCAACAGAUAACAGUCAAACUGACACAAAUCAAUCUGUAGGACCUAGUGUAUAUUUUAUUAUUUCACAAAGUAUUAUUAUUCUGAUUAUGAUGUUCACUAUAUAUGCAGUACAAACAGUUAGAAAGAAAAGUCUUCUAAAUCGUAUUGGUCAACUUGUAAUUCGUAGUCGACCAUAUAAGACUAUAUUUGGUCAUAAAACAGAUGUACGUAAUGAUAAUAAUACUGAUAAUAUUCCAAUAAAUUCAGCAAAUGCACUUCAAGUUGGUUUAAAUCAAAUAGUUUUACAUCGUUCUUUGGCAUCGAUACCAAGUCUUCAUUUAACUAUACCUACACCUACGGAAGAACAAGUAUUAGCUGCAAAUGAUUUAACAUCAACCAUUUAUGAUCGAAGAAUGUCAAGACCAUUUAUCAAUCGUGACUUAAUCGAUGUUAAAGAAUUUACUAAAAGAAUCAGUACACCAAAUGAAAGUUCCACUGAUAUUCAAUAA